AUGUUGUCGAAGCGUUGCAAUGCCUCGAUAAGCGCUCUCGUUUUGACGCUAUAUUAUGUGGGCGUGGUGGUAGCCAUCGUCGGUGGUACUGACGAUUUUGUGACCAUGGGAAUGCGAAGGAGUAGGCGUGGCCCAACGAUCACGGAGCGUCCUGGUGGCAUGGUAAUGGAGGGCAUUGGUUUCCAGUACACAAUGCGCUACCAGCCGGGGUUCCAUCUGCACAAACUGUUCGCCCAGCCGCAGGAGGAGGAGCCAACAGCAGCGUCAUCGACAGAGAUGCCCAUGGCAACACCAGAGCCCCCAGCACCGCCUCCAGAGCCCACUCCAGAGGAGGAUCCGGACGAGCCAGAGCCAACGAUACCCAUGCGCACGACAUCCGCACCUGUGGAGCCCCUGCCCGAGGAAGUAUCGCCCUCACCACCGCCAGGAACGGAUGAGAUGAUGCCCAGUCCGACGCCUCCUCCGACUCCUCCGCCAGAGAUGAAGCCCACCAAAAGACCAACGAUGAGGCCACCUCCGGGGCCUCCUAUGUUGCCGUCCAGCACCAAGACCUCCAUUAUGCAGCCCCAGCAGACGAUCAAGAACCUCCUCUUUGGCUCCCCCAUCGAAGCGAAUCUCAUACUGAAGCAACCGAGUGCCCCCAAGUCGCGGGGCAAAGGCUUUCUCAGUCUGUUUGAGGUGAUCAAGUUUCCCAACACCAAAUGCAGCGUCUCCAUGGGCGACAUACGCACCAUGGAGGGUGUGUGCUACCACGAGUUCGAGUGCAAGAGCCUGGGUGGCAUUCCCACCGAAAGCUGUGCCGAGGGCGUGGGCGUCUGCUGUGUCUUUGUCAACGGAUGUGGCGAUGUCACCGGCCAGCAGAUCGUUUACUUCGAGAGCCCCAACUAUCCGAAUGCAGUGCGGGAGAUGAUGAUCUGUGUGCUGAUCCUCAAUGUGCGGAAGGGGGUGCAGCAGCUGAGAUUGGAUUUUCAAAUGUUUGAGCUUAGUCGCCCCACCAAUGGCGAUUGUGUGGACGAUCAGUUCAUAGUUUCAGGCCAUAAUACCAAUUUCCAGAUACCCAUACUCUGUGGCAUCAACACGGGCCAGCAUAUUUACAUCCACGUAGGCGACUCCAACGAGGGCAAAGUAUAUCUUUCUGUAUUCGUAAAAGUCUCCAGUGGUGGACGUUCUUUCAACAUCAAAGUCACCCAAGUGGAGGAUGAUCUGGCGCCCAAUAAUUGUCUGCAGUAUUUCACUGAAACAGAAGGAAUUGUCAAGUCCUUUAACUACGAUACAGAUGGCUCCAUUGUAGACAACAGAGAGGCCACAUAUUUUAACAAUCUAAAUUAUGCCAUAUGUCUGUCGCGUAUGAAGAAUGUCUGCAGCGUCAGCUACAACACAGAGCAAUUGGGCGGCGACCAGCCAGACUUCCAAAUUGUCAACAAAGAUGAAGCCGAAAACGAUCUCAUUUCUGAUGGCCAGGCGGGGGCUGGUAUCUUCAAUUGCCCUGACGACUUUAUAGCCAUCAAUUCAGUGCCGUUGUGUGGCGAGAGGUUCAAUGAUGGCCGAGAGACUGAAGAUUUUACGAUGCAUUCGACGGUGAGGGAUACGGCCGCCGGUCCCAUCAUCCUGCCCUUUCGCACCGAUGCCGAAUAUGUGGGUCGCGGUUUUCGUUUGCUCUACAGACAGGAACUGUGUGUCUGAUCUGGGAAUCAUCGCCAUCGCCAUCGCCAUCGCCAUCUCCAUGUCGAUUUCUAGUUCAUAAGAGAGGCAUAUACACAGCACCAUGGCUGAUGGAUGAAUGGAUGGA